AAUAAUUCAUACUGAUAUGAACGAAUGGUUCCUCGGAGCCACAAAUACCACCAAAGCAGCACAAGUCUUGCUGCUGUUCCCAGUUUUGCGACCAACAGACUUGAACCCUUGAUUUGAAGCUGGUUCAUGUGUUCGCACAAACCAACAAGCUAUAUAUUGUGGAGUCCAGCUGCGUGUUAUUCAUCAUUGCGGAAUUGAAUAUUCCGAAUGAAGACGAGAAAAAAAGAGAGAGAGGUAGAAGAUGCUGGAGGCAUUGUCAACAAUGAAAAAGGAAUUCCGCGAUUUAAGACUUUGCAACUGGCUAGCAGCUUAUGCGAUCUAUCAACUUGAGCAUUUUACAGAUGAAACUGCAUGAUUUGAGUGGAUCUACCACAUCAGAACUGGGAUGACAAGAUGCAAGAAAGAGACUACCAUUUGCAGCUGGCCAGGCACUGUCAUGAUAGACCAGUCAAAAUCAAGUAGCCGAACCAGGCCCAAGAAAGAAGAGGAGGAGGAGAAAGAGAAAGAAAGAGAGCCCAACACGAGAGACCCAGCCCAACAGGAGAAGAGGAAGAGAAAAGGCAAAAAAAGAGGAAGGGAAAGGCCCAAACCGUCUAGCAGUUGAGUCAGCCCAAUUUAACAACUUGUUGGGCCGAAUGGCCAAGAUUUCGUCAAAGGUUUGAGGAAACAACAGCAAAACAUUUGAGCUUCGAACAAGCUUAUAUUUUUGGUGAUGUGCAGUCGAGGAAAGCAAACUGGCCUCUAAAGAAGAAGAGAGUAUGACAAGAUACCACGCAAUUCAAUGGAAGCUCCAUCUAAACUUGUUGGGGGUCAUCAAGCUGUCCAACCAUCAGCUGCUGAAACUAAGAAAGCAAUGAGACGAUGGAUGAAGGACACUGUGAGACAGUUCAAAAGGCUGAAAGCAGACUGUGCUGAGUUUGUGAAAAGAUCAGAAACCUCCUCCAAAGAAAUGCUGGAUCGCUUGAAAAACAACUUGGAGCAAGCUAGAGAAGCUAAAAGGCUAGAGGAGCAAAAAGUUGAACAACAAAAGCUUAUGAUCAACACGCUUCAGCAACUUUUGCAGCUCCCAUUUGAAAUGACUGAAUUUGGCACUGGAGCGACAGGGCUACCUGUUCAUGAUCCACCAGAAGGCCCGGCCAUUGAAGAGUCAUUGGGGCUGCUUCAAUCACAUCUCCCUCAAGGAUUGUCACAUGGGAACAAUAGUGAGCAGCCCGCCUCAGCUAAUGAUGAUCAGUUCCCUGAUGUUCACUCAUCAAACUAAAGAUGAAUAAACGGCGGCUUGUAAGCAGGCAAAUAACAUUGACGUUUAAGCUAUGAGUGCCGGAAUGUACUAAAAGUAAUGUUUUUAUUUUUGAGAAUCACCCGUGUGUGUUUUAUGAAGAUAUUGGUGGCAGUUGGUUGGGUAAUUGCUGUUUCUUUUUAUCAGAGCAUGAAUUGUCGAUUCCUCUCUUGGAUAGAAAGGACCUUUGUUGUUUCAAUUUCUAACUAGGAAUGUAGGAUUUACGUUUUUUGGUUGCA